AUGUCGCUGAGGCCCCAUCUUCUGUCUGCUGUCUUGAUAGUGCUACUCUCUACGUCUGCUGCACUUAGUCUACCCUCGCCUCUGAAUAUUAAUCCUCCAUCGGGCCCCAUCGAUACCACCAACUCUUCCCGACAAGCACCACCGAGUUUCCCAAAUCUGACAUUCUCACCGUGGCCCCCGCGACCCUAUCAAAUCCCACUGUACCCACGCUCUGGCUUCUUCGAGCUCCUCAUCACCCGCGUGACCGAAUACCACGGAACGCGUUCAGUCACCGCGCCGGCGCUCCAAGGCUUCCUCCAAGAAUUCCGCGACAACCUGGAACGAGAGUAUCCCGUCCCGGGCAUCAUGCCACGUCGGGCACAGCAAGAGACCUUCGACCUGGAAACCUACACGGUGUGGACCGUCACGCUCAACGAAGGGUUUUUGGGCAGCAGUUUGCCUAUGGAAGUCGCGGCGCUUGCGUUGGAUGAGAUAGGGAGGCUGCUGGGGAGCCAUGGUCCGGCGAGCCUGUACUUCAGCAUAAGACUGAAGGGUUCCGGUCUGUUUGCUGUGAUGGAAAAGGACAGUGGCCCGGUAGAAAGUGCCCUCGCCAUGUACGUAGCACGUGGAAUGCGAGUAUCAACUUCGCAAGCCGUGACUCAGGCCGCAUCAGAAGAUCCCUGCGUCAACUUCUCGUCCUGUCCACCCAUCACCCCUGUUGUUGGGACUGAAGGGCCAUCCGAACAACCGCCCUGGACCGCCAUCCACCGUGUCACGAUCAGCUGGGCUCGCUAG